AUGGGCGACUCUGCGUCGUCCAGCCUGGGAGAGGCCAACAACAGACCUCUCCGGGCCUGGACCAUGGCAGCCAAUUCCGACGCAAUGGACCGUACGAGCCGCAGCAUGGAUCGGUCCUCUAUCGAAUCCUCCGAGCGGCCUAAAAGUCAAGGAGGCGACGCUGCCGACUCCGCAAAGACCGGCCUCGGCGGAUUCUCGAAACUCAUCAGCUCUCGAAGAAAGAAAAAGAACAAGAAGCACAGUGACGAGCUCCAAGGCGAUGCGACCUCUAUUCCAGAAAUUGCCCUCGAACAUCGCCUGAGUCAAAGCCAGUCCAACGACUCGCGCAGCAGCGCCUCCGGCGUCCAGUCAUCGAAUACCAGCUCUGCUUUCCCAGAGACUGACGGCAUCAAUCUCUUGACCGACGAUUCUGAGCCUGAGAGGACCCCGCCACUUACCUCACGCAACUCCCAUACGGGCUUCUACACCCUAUCCUCCCCGCUUAUCAAAGCCGCCCCUGUCGACGCUGACAACACAACAACAGACCAGAUCAAUCCCGGCUCUGCUGUCAGCGGUGUGAGUGGUGCCGAAUCUGAACCCACGCUGGUUCACGCAGGAGAACACUCUUCGAGACGCGGCACCCGGUCAAGCAUGAACCUGGACGUUCCGGCUGAUGCGAGCAGUAAGCGCCGCAGUUCCUCGCCAGGAAGACGAAUCAAGGAGGCGCUAGGCACUUCCGAUACGAAAAAUUCAAAUUCCAAGGACGACGCGUCCGUGAAGUCUGGAAGCAGCAAAAGCGGUCGAAGCUUGUUCAACAGUCGCCGGAGCAGCCUUUCCGCCAAGCGCGCUUCAAACGCAUCAGACGUUCCUCCGCCACUACCUCAACCCAUUCGGACAGAUCUCGUCGAUGAGCAGCCUCGCGAAAGAACAUUACAAGCAAGCCCCCUGCCCAAAACUCCGCCCCACACUGCAGUUCCUGCACCCGAGACCACUAUCACGCCUCCGACACCUACGGACCAUCGUCCCCUCAAUCCCACAUUAAUAUCGAAUGUCAUGACCGAUUCCCCAGAGUCCAUCAAGUCCCGGGCUUCUAUGUCAGGGCCCGAGCCUGGCAUCACCGUAAGCCCUUCUGGCACCAUGAUUUCUCAUCGCAGGGCACGUUCAGCCUCGGCCGCUCAUGUCCCUAGCAAGUUAUCCACCUCUGUGACCGCGCUGAGUCCACUUGAAGAAGCCAAAACACCCAAAGUAGGGUCGGGUCCGCAAGGCGGGCAAGGCGGGUUCUUUUCGUCCGUUUUCUCGGUAGCUCAAAACGCAGCCACGUCAUUGAGCAACACUCUGAACUCGCAACAAAAGAGCCGCACGAAUACCCCUGCUGCCAACCAGAAGGCAGACAAUUCGAAUUCUCAAGAGAACAACGAACCGUCAGAUCACACCAACAAAGGGGAGGAACAGCAGCCGACUACCGUCGAGACGCUGGGUUCUGGGAACCUGAACUUCAGCCACCUAGGCAUCGAAAAUGCCAGCGGAGAAGGAAUCUUGGGCGCAGAUGGAGGCGUCACCUCGAAGCAAAGUCGUUCCGCAAAUCGGCGCAGGAAACCGACUAUGAGUGAGCGCGACGAAGAGGCGGCGCGACUGGAACAUCAGCGAGCAGCCCGCGCCGUGCACCAGGCGUAUGAAAAACCUGAAUCUUCCGUGGUAGGCUCCCCAAGUGAUGAUACGUUAGAUGUCCAAUCCACCGUAUCUUUGUCAAGGGAAAGUGCAUUCGCAGGUGAUCAAACACCUCCGAGCGGCAGCGUCGUCGAUGGCGAUAUUGGCAGCGGCAGCGUUAGGAGAACUGGGAGUGUGCGUAGCCGCCUUGCACGCCGCCACCGGGGUUCCUCUGGUGCAACUGCCUCAACUAUCGGCGCAAUCGGGGCCAGUGCUUUGGCGCUUGGGGUCCCGGGGGCCAAUGCCAGUGUACACCGGCUUACGGGCUUUGCUGUCGCUAGUAAAAAACGGAACAGGGACUUUCAUCAAUUGUUCCGAAGUGUGCCUGAAGAUGAUUUCUUGAUCGAAGAUUACAGUUGUGCACUUCAGCGUGAAAUCAUUCUGGCCGGCCGGAUCUACAUCUCCGAGGGCCACAUCUGUUUCUCGAGCAAUAUUCUUGGCUGGGUGACUACGCUUGUCAUCAGCUUCGAUGAGAUAGUUGCCGUUGAAAAAGAGAACACUGCCAUGGUAUUCCCCAACGCAAUUGCGAUUCAAACUCUCCAUGCUCGUCAUACAUUCCGCAGUUUACUAAGUCGGGAGUCGACCUACGAUCUGAUGGUCAACAUCUGGAAAAUCAACCAUCCCUCCCUCAAGAGCUCGGUGAAUGGUACGCGAGUAACCGAUGGUACUGGCGAUAAGACGGAGAAGGUCGGGGAGGCCGACUCGGAAAGCGAGGAGUCUGAUGAAGAUGAGGUGUAUGAUGAGGAUGAGGAAGGUGACAUGGCGGACAACUUUUUCGAAGCUGGUGCCAGCGCCAAUGCAAGCGAGAGGUCCUUGAUCGGUCGUGGGGGUUUAAGUCGUCAAGCCUCUGGCAACCUAGCCACUUCACCUGCUCCUGCUACUGCAUCGAAUGGAAACACAGAUGCUAAGAACGGUGAAAAGCCUGCGGCGUCGAAAGAAUCGGAUUUCCCCGGACCAGCAACGCACGCUCCUACCGAAUACACCGAACCUGAUGGCCAGUAUGAAAAAGUCAUCAAGGACGAGGUCAUUCCCGCUCCGCUAGGGAAGGUUUACACGCUUGUUUUCGGGCCUGCAUCCGGAGACUUCAUGACUAAAUUCCUUGUCGACAAUCAAAAAUCUGGCGAAUUGAAUUUUGAAGGCACUUCCAAGGGACUGAGCAACGACAGCCGAACCCGCAAAUACUCGUAUAUCAAGCCUCUCUCUGGUUCCAUCGGUCCCAAACAAACCAAGUGUAUCAGCACAGAAACGCUGGAUUUCUUGGAUCUGGAGAAGGCCGUUCUUGUGACCCUGAGCACUCAGACACCAGACGUACCUAGCGGAAAUGUUUUCGCAACUAAAACCAAAUACCUCUUCACCUGGGCUCCUAAUAAUCAGACACGCUUCUUGAUGACAUGUACAAUUGAAUGGACAGGAAAGAGCUGGCUGAAAGGCCCCAUCGAGAAGGGAGCCAUCGAUGGCCAGACCUCUUUCGGUACUGAGCUCUUGAAGACCCUCAAGGUCGCAGUUGUACCGCGAGGUCGAACCAACGGUGCCACGAAGGGCAAGGGUCGACGUAAGAAGGGUGGUUCAGCGCCCAGCGAGAGUGCCGCGAGCGCUGACUCAAAGCAUGCGGUGGACUCGGCACCGAGCCAGAACAAGAUCUGGGGCAUAGCUCAGCCCCAAUGGACUGCUAAUGUGGCAAUUCUGAUUGUGGUACUUCUGCUGUACCUGGUCUUUUUCCGGGCGCCCUUCUCAUCCACAAGACAAGGCCAUGAUGCUGGCUUCUCUGGACUGAGUCUUCCUCAAAGGCUCGCUGCUUACGAGGAAAUGUGGCACCGGGAAGAGAGUGAGCUGUGGAACUGGCUGGAGGAUCGGGUGGGUAUGGAUGGCAUGACAUUCCCAGUGGUUUCCAACCGUGAUCCCGAUAACCAGACUGGUCGCAAGAGCUUUCGCAUCAGUCCUUCGGCCGAGCGUGAUCUGAUUUCUCGCAUUCGAGAUGAACAGGUCUCUGACCGAGAAAUGGAUCACGCGAUUCGGACGACUCGUCAGAGACUUGACGUCCUUGAGCAAAUGAUGAGUAAUCGCAAAGCUGAACGCGUGUCCGCUAGUGAGCCACUUCAAAGCGAGCUGUAA